AUGUCUUUGUCUCCAACGCCGAAUUGGUACCAAAGAAUCGUGUUGCUCAUUAAGAAGAUGGAGAUAAAGAAGAAGAAGAAGCCGUCACCGCAGCAACCAAACAUGGCACCAUCACUUUCUAAUGAUUUGCUAUUGACCUGCUUCGCACUCAUCUCGAGAUUGUACUACCCGACUCUCUCCCUCGUCUCCAAGAGUUUUCAAUCUCUCAUUGCAUCCCCUGAGCUUUACGAGAUCCGUUCCCUCUUAGGCCGCACAGAGAGUUGUCUCUACGUGUGCUUGCGAUUCCCUCCUGACCCCAACCCUCGCUGGUACACUCUCUGCAUGAAACCUGACCACACCGGUAAGAAGAAGAAAAAGAAGAAUACAAAGAAGGAUGAGAAGUCAAGUGGCAGGCUUCUGGUUCCAAUCUCAAUUAAAAACGCUCCUCCUUCCGAGUGUUCAAAUCUCGUCGCCGUUGGUCCUUACAUCUACGCUAUCAGCGGAUCCACUAAAAAUGAUUCUUGCUCCAACGUCCCAUUUCUUGACUGCCGAACUCACACUUGGCUCGAAGCUCCGAAAUUGCGUGUUGCUCACACCAACAGGUAUUUUGAACGUACGCUAUAUUUACCUGGAGAGUGCAAAGAUCCAGAUUCUUUGAACUGUAUUGAAGUGUACGAUGCAGAGAGAAAAACUUGGAAACCCGUUCCCCCCGAGAGACGGGAGACGAAAUUUAAGAGCAUGGAAGGGAAAAUGAUCUUACAUGCAUCUACUGGUAAUCACAUAGGUUUGGCUUUUAUUCCAAAGGAAUCGUCAUACGAAGAACUAGGAACGAAUACGGGCAGCGAUCUGUUUAGAAUAUGUUGUAUAAUACACAACAUAUCCUACUAUUACAGUUAUGAGAACGGUGGGGAGUUUGUAUGGGUGGAGGAGAAUCUGAGGAGAAUAGUAAAAGGUUUAGAAGGUCUACCGAAGAUUUCCUCUGAUUACAGGAAUGUUAAACUGGUGAGACACGGUGAGAACAUGUUGGUUCUGUGGGACGAGUCUGUUGGGAGAAAGGAGAGGAAGGUUUGGUGUGCGGAGCUUUCUUUUGAAAGGCGUAGCACGGAAGAGAUGUGGGGAAAGGUCGAGUGGUUCGGUGUGGUGCUUACAGUGCCUAAGUCUUAUGUGUUCAUGUCUGCUAUUUCUGCUACUGUUUGA